AUUCAAAUAUUCGGCUACAAUUCACAACUCUAUGCAAACUUUUCGGACGCUUUGAAUCGAGCGCAAGGCAUUGUUGGUGUAUCAAUUUUGCUGCAGCUCGGCGAUCUAUCUAAUCCCGAACUGCGUAUGCUCACCGACCAAUUGGAUCGCAUACGCUUCGGUGGUGAUGAAGCAUUCGUCAAACGCUUAUCCAUACGCGGUCUACUGCCGGAAACGGAUCAAUAUAUGACCUAUGAUGGAUCAACAACAGCGCCCGCCUGUCAUGAGACUGUCACAUGGGUUGUGUUGAAUAAACCCAUUUAUAUAACAAAGCAACAG